AUGGCUCAAGCAUCUUCACUUGACGCAGCUCAUCCACGAUUUAUGAAUCCUCCGUUCCCUAAUACAGGCGUUAAAACCAAGUCGACAGUACCAGCUCUGAAAGUAGCCUUAGUUCAAAUGUCAGUGGGGUUUGAUAAAAAGAAGAACAUACAAGUUGCUGUAAAUGCAAUUUAUGAGGCCAAGAAAAAUGGCGCACAGCUUGUAGCACUGCCAGAAUGUUUCAAUUCUCCAUAUGGAACAAAAUAUUUUGAUGAAUAUUCGGAAAGAGUGCCAGCAGGAGAGACAUGUGCAGCUCUGUCCAAGGCAGCCGCUGAUACCGGAAUGUGUGUAGUAGGGGGUACUAUGCCUGAGAAGUGUGAUAGUCGGCUGUAUAACACUUGCACAGUAUGGGAUCCUAAAGGGACCAUGAUUGCAAGUCAUAGAAAGGCACAUUUAUUUGACAUCGACAUUCCAGGGAAGAUAACAUUCAGAGAGUCGGAAUCGCUAUCAGCCGGGAACAAGAUCACCACAUUUAGUUACUGCGGCGUUAAAAUUGGUAUUGGUAUCUGUUAUGAUAUAAGGUUCGUCGAGAUGGCUACGCUUAUGGCUAAAGAAGGGUGUUCCUUCUUAAUCUACCCUGCGGCGUUUAACAUGACGACGGGCCCCAAGCAUUGGGAACUGCUUGGUCGGGCAAGGGCUAAUGACUUGCAACUAUAUGUGGCGUUAGUGAGCCCCGCGCGUGACCCUAAAGCGGACUAUGUGGCAUGGGGCCAUACUAUGCUUAUUGAUCCCUGGGCGAAGGUCGAAGCUAGUCUGGAUGAGAAACCUGGUCUGCUUUACGGUACCAUUGAUACAAAGGUCGUCCAGGAUGUGCGAAGCCAAAUACCCAUUAGGAUGCAAAGGCGGACGGAUAUGUACGAAACAGUGAACAAAACUAAGUCGUAA